AUGCCCCACCACACCAUGACCUUCGAAUCUAAUAUCAUUAACGGUAAUGCUAGGAACAACCCUGCCACCAAUCACAUCCAAAUUGGAGGCAGAAAGUCCACGCUUGCAGUGGUGCAAUCCGAAAUAGUCAAGAAGGAGAUCGAAGAAGCAUUUCCACACAUUAACUGCUCGAUUUUGGCGCUUUCCACUUUGGGAGACAAGAUCCAGAACAAGCCUCUCUAUUCAUUCGGCGGAAAAUCGCUCUGGACAAAAGAACUCGAGAUCUUGUUGUUGGACCUGAUUGACGAGUUUCCCCAGCUUGACUUGAUAGUGCAUUCCUUGAAGGACAUGCCAACGAACUUGCCUGAUGAGUUUGAGUUGGGUUGUAUUUUGAAGAGAGAAGACCCUCGUGACGCUUUAGUUAUGAGAGCCGGAUCACCUUACAAGACGUUGGACGAUUUGCCAGCAGGCUCUGUAGUGGGAACAUCUUCCAUCAGAAGAUCAUCGCAACUCGUGAAGAACUAUCCCCACUUGAAGUUCGACUCUGUUCGUGGUAACCUUCAGACUCGUUUGAGCAAAUUAGACGACGACUCCCAACCAUUCGAGUGUAUCAUUUUGGCACUGGCUGGCUUAAUCAGAGUUGGUUUGGGCCACAGAGUUACAGACUAUUUGAACGCUCCACACAUGUACUACGCCGUUGGCCAGGGAGCUUUGGGUGUAGAAAUCAGAAAAAACGACACCAAGAUGAAGAACAUCUUGGCUAAGAUACUGCACAUCCCAACAUCCCUCUGUUGUUACGCAGAGAGAUCGUUGAUGAGAUACUUGGAAGGAGGGUGUUCCGUGCCGAUAGGUGUUCACACGAACUACGAUGAAGACUCGAAGGUGUUGAAGUUUGAGGCUAUCAUAGUCAGUCCCGACGGAACUCAGUUUGUGGAAGACGAACUUGAAGCUCAAGUCGAGACCUUGCAACAGGCCGAAGCCUUGGGUAUACAACUAGGCGACAGACUCAUCGCUAAGGGUGCAAAGGAUAUCUUGGACAAGAUCGACUUCAAUAGAAUCAACCAGGCUCCUAGCACCAUCAACACACCCACUCCAUCCAUAGCUACCUCCAUAGAGGCCGUCGUUUCUACGGCUAACUAA